AUGAGACCGCAAAAGUUAUUUACAUUAAUUUUUGUGAAGAAGAAUAAGGAAAUAUUAUUGGGCCAUAAAACUCGCGGACUCGGUAAGGGGCUGUGGAAUGGAUUCGGGGGGAAAGUAGAAAAUGAGACACUAUUAAAUUGUGCGAAAAGAGAGCUAUAUGAAGAAUGCAGUUUGUUGGCGGAGAAUUUAAAUCAUUUGGGUGUCGUUAAGUACGAAGUGGUGGAUGAAGAUGUAGACCACAUAGUGCAUGUUUUUACUUGCACAAAAUAUACCGGGACUGAACAAAGAAGUGAAGAGAUGGAUCCCAUUCGGUGGUUUAAUUUUAAAGAUGUUCCAUAUGAGAAAAUGUGGCCAUGUGCUAAAAAAUGGUGGCCAUACAUGCUGAGUGAUAAAUAUUUUUCUGUGCAUUGUAUUUAUAAUGAUGGUAAUAUAAUAAGUAAUAAUGUUUUAGGUCAUGGCUCUAUUAACCAUGUUUUUUCUGAAUUGUCUUUGUGA